CUUUCUGCCUCCCGAACUAAUAAAAAACAACCGAAUGUUAUCAAUUACAAUAUCAAAGACUGUAUGAGGCGAAUAUUUGAUCAGUUUAUAGCCUAUAACCAUUAACGGGACUUCUGCUAGAGGUACUGGUCAUGAAAUCACACGUCUAUUAACAAAAACUGCUCCUUGUAAGAGUUAUAUAUUGUGACAGACAACGAAUACGCGUUUAGUCACUAUAGUAAUAUUAAAAUGACAUGGUGGCUUCGUUUCGUUGUAAUUACAAAUCACUGUUGUGGACAAGUAUCCGCUCGAAGGGAAUGAUGUUGGUCGCAUUUCCUCUGCCAAUAAUGGAUUAGCACCAAGGGGGAUUAACGAGUAGCACGUAAAAGUGUCUCAGGCAGGCAUCAUCUCAGCGCCUGGCCCAGUUGUCCCUGUUGCAACGUCUUGAAACACACAGGGGCUCGUCUAACAUCUGCUUCUUAAAGAGCUAAUGACAGGACAAUGGAGACUGGAUGAUUUAAGAGCAUUAUGGAAUGGCCGGGGGAUUUUCCUGAGGACCACGCCUUUGUGGGGAUACUGCUGCCAGGGGUUUCCAGUGAUCUGGACUUUGAACAGCUUCUCAAAGACACUGAGGAGAAACUCAAUCUCAAUGCAAGCAGCAUUGAGCAGCAGCUGAAGGAGCUCCAGGUCAAGAUGGGUGACUCCAGAACGGGGGACCGUCCACCGAGUCCUACAGAGUGCUUACAGUGGUUCAACUUCAGAGCACAGAGCAAUGUCAAGCGUGUGUCCAUGGGACAUCCAGAACUUGUAGACUUCUUCAGAGCUCUGCAACAGUACCUAGGAUCAGAAGAACUUGCCAAAGAAGAGGUGACACUUCAGCUACUGCUGCAUCUGUCUGCCCACUGUGGUGUCUGCUUUCCUUGUACCCCCUCUUCGUCCUGCUCAGCUUCCUCCUCUCAUUCUCAACUGACUGGCUCCUCUGUCAACAUGGUACAUACAGUCAGAGACGAUAUUUCAUUAGAGAUCCAGGAUGUGUGGGAUGCUGUGCGUCUUCAGCUGCGACACUACCUGAUGGAUCGGAUGUUGUGUUGCAGCCUGAAUGAUACUAGAUCCCCCAAAAUGUCCACUCAAAUCAUCCUUGAACGGGUCCACUGUCUUCAGCAGUUGUUCUUUCUCUAUCCUGAGUGGGAUGUGCUCAUACAUUACCAGAGCUUAAGACAAAAGUACGUGCAGAGUAUUCUACAAUCAAGCUUGUGCAUCAGCCCAGGAGGCGAGACUGGCUUCGACAGACUGGCCACAAAUUUCUGCUGUGCAGUCCCGCACCUGACCCAGGCCAUCACAGAGGAGCUCCAAGUCCUUUCAAGGCUGCUAGAUCCACACACAAUCCUUGGUUUUCUUAAUGUGGCCUACUUCAGUACUGUGGCCCAAGAACUGACCUCCCAAAUGGAGAGAGAAUGUGAGACAGUACAAAGGGAUAACACUGCACCUAGCAGCAAGAUAAAGAAAUAUUCAGCAAAGUCCAGAGCAACUGUUGCGCCGAUGGAUUUGCCCACAAAAAGUAGGAGCUUCAGCUUGACCUCCCACCAGCUUAAGGCUUUAACCCAGCUGGCUUGCAUCCUGCUGGGCUUUGAGAGUGAUGUGAGAGAGCUUGUCACUAACAUGACCUUCAUUAACUGUACAGGAGACACUCCCUGUGUUAAAGGAAUCUUGAAAAAGAGUAGAGAGGAUUCAAACAAGACAACAGAUGGCAAGAAAUCCACCGCAGAAAAACCUCCCACUCCAGAGGCACAGACUCUGGAGUUUGACUGGAGGUCAGUAUUUAGGGGAUUGGUUCCUCACAUGGAGCAUUGUGUCAAAGUGGUGCUAGAUGAUGUCUAUACUAAGAAUCUACAGCAAGAAGAGGCCUUACAUUCUUCUGGACAAACCUCCGUCACUCUGAGCCCUGUUACUGGAGACUCCAGCAGUAGCACACGGCUUAAAGAAGACUCCUACGACUACUCAGAGAGAGAAACUCCUAAAAUGAUAGCCAAGUUCUGUGGAGCGAUUGUGAUUGAGCUUGACGCCUUACUACCAUUGGCAGAAGCCUGCAGGGACAGCUCUCUCCUGAAGGUUCGAUCGAGUUUUGUGGAAGCAUGCAGCAGAGCAGCUUUUUCCAUGUUGGGCCGUUUGCAAGAGAGGGCCCUGGAGGUACCGUCCUCUGCACCCCUGAAUAACUUGCCUGCUCUGCUGGCCACUUGCAUUUAUCUGCACCAGCGACUAGAGCAUUACAGUGCCAGGUUGAAGGAUUCAAAUACUACUGCAGCUAAAAUACCCCUGACACUCCUACCUAUCCAGAACUAUCAUGACACAGUGGUGGCCUUGAGAGAUCAGCUGACCAGCUACUGCGUCCAGAUAUGUUUUACUUGCAUUCUUCAAGAUGCAGAGAGUCACGAUUGGAUGGACCCAAAACCCUUCUAUGAGGGCGAACGGUGUUCCUUCUCACUGCAGAUGUGGUUCUACUUCCUGUGUGGGCUUCGUAGCGACUUGUGGACUGUCCUUCCAGCAGAGUUGGCUAAGGAUGUGCUUGGGCAGGUGCUGUCAGAAACUUUACAGGUCCUGGUGCAAAGAUAUGCCAGGGUCCGUGCCUCAUACAAGAGGCACCUGCAAAUCAGAUAUGAUAUUACAGCACUGUUGCUGUAUGUGGAGCACCUUAUGUGGAGCGUGAGUGAGAGUCCUGAGGCCUUGGUGCUGAUCAACCCUUCAUCAGAAAUUACCAUUAUCUCAGGCGGUUCAGACUGGCCGUACCAAAUCCACAGCCUGUGCGAUCAACUCCUGAUGAUCCUCAUCAUUGUCACAGCACCCUUAUCUUUGCUGUAUAGGACAUUUAUGAUUAACGCAUCAAUGGCGUCCGCAGCACACCAGCCUGACAUCCCUGUCGUACACUGGCUUAAUGCUAUCAACCCUCAACUCUUCACAGAGGAGGUCACACGUGACGGCCUGAUGGGCCAGGCAGCCUUGACAUGUCAGCUGAGGCUACUGACCUCUGACCCAGGACCCAGUCCCAAGCUGCUGCUGCGGAUGCUUCUGUACAGAGAGUGUCACCUGCCCAGAAUACUCCUGGAAAAUUCUUAUUUUUGUAAGGAGAGUGGUUUAGAAAUGCCAACAGAAAACUGCAAGAGAGGAGAUGACUUCAUAGUGGCUUUGUUCAGCCUUUUCUCCUGUCUGAAUAACAUUCCCAAGGCCUUGACUCAGGCACUACAGCCAUACCUGGAGGGGGCACACCUAUGGGAGCAUCUCUACACUCUGGCAGACAAAACACAAACAGUACCAGUGGUGAUCAAAUGUGUUCGGGCGAUAGUGACUAAGUCGACCGAUAGCAUUUUGGUACACCUGGUGUCCAUGGUAUUGGGUUGGCAGGCCACAGAAGAGUCUAGUGGAGCCAUGUUCAAACACAAUGUGCCAGAGAGUAUCCUAUCUAAAAUACCUAAGGAGUGGAAUUAUACAACACUUGAUGGAGGGGAAAAGGAUGCUGGCACUAAGAGUGUUAUAUCCUCAGCAAUUCAAGCGUUGUCCUUCAUUUUCACCAACCUGCCUUUGGCUGUAGCCUCCUUGCCUCUCCCCAUCCGCUUCCUCUUCCAAGUGGCGGAAAAGCAUCUCUCCCAGUAUUCCCGGCAGCUGCGCUCAGUAGGCCUGUUGCUCUGGGCCCUGCUGGGCUGCUUGAUCCAGGGCUUGGACAACCCAGACACACUAGAACAGAUCAGUGGUCUGGCUCUGAACUGUGGGGCAAAGGACCGUCUGUCCCUGCUGGCAGAGUGUCUCCAGGCUGCCAUGAGCAUUCAGCAAAAGGGUGUUCCCAAACCCACAGUGCACAAAGUACUACAGGCACUGGAAGAAAAAAGACCCAAGUGGAUAAACAUGCAGCUGCAGAAGGCUCGUAAACUCUGUGCAGACAGUGUGUUUGAGCAGGGAGCAGAGAGAACAGUUGCUGGAGUCGAACUGACUGAGCAGAAAAUAGGCCUGAUGCUGCUGGAGGUCUGCCACAAAGCAGGUGGCAGCAGCUACCUGAGGCAAAUCUAUCACAUCAUCCAAGGCAAUGAGGAACUGUUGAUGUCUAAACUGAGUGGAGACGUGGACUUUUCAAGCGAGCCUUCUCUCUUGGUGAACUUUGACGUUGGCUCAAAGGAGCCUGCUAAUGCUUCCUGCUUCAAUCCCCUUCUUCAGUUCGACCAUGUUGGCAGAAAGAAGCUGGAUCAGAGUACCGUGGUUGAGUGGGCAUGGGACUGGCCAAGGGUCCUGCCAGCCUAUAAGGGCAUGAGUCAGAUGACCUUCAAAAGGCUGCUGGCCAACAGGUGGGAUAUGCAGGAGAGUGCAGAGCUGGAAGAUGGAGAGAGAGCAAUGGUAGAAGAACUUCAGAAAGCUUUUUUUGUUUGCUGCUGCAGCGAGGGACCACAGGACGCUCCAGGAAGUGAUGAGACACCAGCAAAGCAGACCCAAGGGGAAACACAACCAUCCGAUAAAACGGCUGCCCAAUAACAGUCCACGUUUUAUCAUGUUGUAAAUGUUUCCUUUUAAAAUACACUUGCAGCUCUCUAGGUGUGUGUGUGUGUGUGUGUGUGUGUGUGUGUGUGUGUGUGUGUGUGUGUGUGUGUGUGUGUGUGUGUGUGUGUGUGUGUGUGUGUGUGUGUGUGUGUGUGUGUGUGUGUGUGUGUGUGUGUGUGUGUGUGUGUGUGUGUGUGUGUGUGUGUGUGCGUGUGUGUGUGUGCGUGUGUGCGUGCAUGGUGAGUAUAAUUUGGUUUGCACACUGUAUGCUGCAAAUUUGCAUAUUUGUGUACAUAAAAAACUCGAAAGAGAGAGACAGACGACAAAAAGCAAAAAGGAAGGCAGAGUGUGAGAGCUGGUGGCUUUCUCUUCAUGCACAUACCUCAGACAUACUCUCUGCUGCAUCAGAUGCUUUUUAUCUUUUUGAAACACAUCUGCAAAAAUCAGUUCUGGGAAGUGGAGAGCCUGGGUUUGUUUUGCCUGGGACAAGAUGGAACUGUGUGAUCAUUGUACAUGGUUGAAGGUCUUUUUGUUGUUUUUUUGGGAGGGGGGGGAUUAAAGUGAUGGUAAAGACAUUGUCAGCAUACUUUAUCUUGAUUCCUAAAAGAAAACAUCAAAUAUUUUUGUUUGGUAGCACAAUGAUAUCUGUUUUGAUUGGAACAUGUCCCCAAAAUCUGCCCCACUGUGAAAUACAAGUCAGUUGGGUUUUUUUUUUAUUUUGUUGUGAAAACUGAGGCAGCAUUUACUGCAAGUGUAACAUGAGUGUUCCUGUUUUGAUACUGUUAUGUUUUAGAAUUAAAAAAUGACAAUUAAGGCAUGUUCUCAUUUUGGCCCCAAUUCAUUUUCUUUCAUGGAGUCAGUAUCUUUGUGUAAUUUUGAAGUUCUGUUGUGUAUUAACUCCACAUGUUUUUGCAACUAUUUAUCAACUUUUGUUUGUUGCAAAAUUGUUUCUUUUAAAAAAAAAUCAAAACUAAAAUUUCUGUUCACAAAGGCUGCUACUCACCAGUAAUCCCUUGAGUGACGAGGAGAACAUGUCCUGCUCCAGAGAGAGAUGCUUCUCUGCUCAGCUGGAUUUUCAGUGCAAAUGCAGCAACAUUACAAUCACCAAACUGCUUCCAGAAAACAAAAGACUGCUUUUGUCUCUGAGAAAGUCUGAACAACAAUAACAUAAGUCUUCUAUAAAUGCACUGUAUUUAAUGUAACAUACAGCUAUUUUUUGCGGUAUUGUAAAAACAGACAAUUUUUCUAGCCAAACUGUUCUUUUAUGAUAACUGGUUUCUGCGAAGAAAGAGCUUUGAUCUCCUUAUUUGCCUCUCUCCCUACCUCUUAGAGUGAGUAACGUAUAUCUAUUUGUGCUUCCAUUGUACACAGUGUUUCCUGUGUACAAUGGAGUGUAUGCAGUCCAUGAGUGUUUCGCAUUGACAUGAUGGGCUCAGAGGACAACUGUCAGUAAGGCUGACAGUUAUUUCACAAGAAAACACUUUCUAUAAUAGACAUUUAUUCAUGGAUUGUCAAAGCUACACAGUCAUUUAGAAACCGAACCUUGUGAUAACAUAAUGUGCUUAUAAAGAAUAAAG